UCUUGUGGGAACUGGCACCUCCUGCCUCUCCUGUGCCUUCCUGCCAGGCUGAGUGACAGUCCUCAGAGGGCAAGAGCAGUGGGAGGAGAGCACAGCUCGUGCCUUGGACGGCAGGAGGAUUGCUGAGCUUCUGGCUGCCUUCUCCCUGCUCAGAGUAUUUCCCAAGAGAAAAACUUCUUCCCAGCAUGGCAAGUGGGAAGACCUUAAAUAAUGAACUUUCUAAGCUUUUCAAUGAGAUGUGGGAUGCGGAUGUUCACCGCCUUAGGCCUGGGAGAGACUACACAAUUGAUGUGCAGGGAAAAGCAGGUCCAGCACAGCAAGGGGACACGGCUGUCCAGGACAACGCAGCCAGACAUCUGUUUCACAAUGUAAAUGAAGAACGCCUGAGGAGCAUAAAAACUUUUGCAACCUUUAUUUCCUUAUUGGACAACUAUGAGACAUCAACUGGUGUAGCAGAAGUAGUGACUCCAGAAGAAAUAGUUGAAAACAACCGUUUCCUUGAUGCUGUCUUAGCAACACAAGUCAUGAGACUAGCUCAUGACUAUCUGCUGAAAAAAAACCUAGCAAGGCCAAACCUUGCAGAUUUCAAACAUCAGCUUUAUGACAUCUGGUUCCAGCUCUAUGCCAGGAAAGAAGGAGACAGACCUGAUUCUUGUGGGUUUGAACAUGUUUUUGUUGGAGAAACAAGGCAUGGUAAAGAGAUCUUAGGUUUGCACAACUGGGUGCAAUUUUACCUUCAGGAAAAGCGCAACCAGAUUGAUUACAAGGGAUACGUAGCUCGGAAGAACAAAACCAGGCCUGAUAAAGAUGACCAAGUUUUGAGCAUCCAGUUCAGCUGGAAGGGCUCAGUCAAGCCAGUCGGAAGCACCUUUAUUGGUGUCAGCCCAGAGUUUGAAUUUGCCCUUUACACAGUCAUUUUCCUGCUGUCUGAAGAAAGAGUCACACGUGAAACAGUGAAGAUAGAUGAGUACGAGCUACAGAUGGUUGUCUGGCGCCAUGGGCACCACAUUGGAACAGCAUAUCCAGUACUGCUCAGCACCACUAGUGAAGAUUAGUGAGAGAGCAGGAAACUUCUUUUUUCAAUUUGAGGGAAAGGAGGAGUGGUUGAGAGAGGAGGAAUGGAUGGGGGGUGGACAGGACCAGAGAGCAAAGUUAAUAUGUUGUUUUAUACAACUAAUUUCAAGUAAAAAUUGAUGACUCUGUCUCUUUUGGUCUGCAAUGGAAUGUUUAAUCAGUAGUGUGUUGUGACACUGUCUGAGAAACCAUGAAACAUACUCCUGCUCACAUUAAAUUUACGUCUAAAUUA